GUCACUGGUGACGGUGGCGCCCUCUGAACGGCCCAGACUCGAAAGUAAGGUUAGUCUGUCGCUAGCCGUUUGAGGACGAUACACGUUUUACGCGUAUCUCUGUCGAAUUCACCCCUUCAGUCGACCAACGACUGUGUAAAAUACGCGCGAAACAGGUGGCUACGCGACGUGACACUCUACCAUGUUUCGAUAGUGUUUCGUAAGUGACUGUAGUUUACGUAUCGCGACGUAUCAUUUUAUCGGUUUUCGUGAAAUUUUCAAAGUGGCGCGCUCUCUGCUCCAACAACCGACCGGCAAGUAUUGCGUAGCGUGUUUCGAUACUCUACGAAUUUUGACUAUCGUAUACGAUGCUAGAAUAAUCAAUGCUUUGUGGGAAAAGUUACACGAAGGGCUACGAUUUUGUGAAAGAGUGUAUAAGAAGUAAUAAUUGGAAAAAAAUGUGUGCAAAAAUGAGUAACUUGACAGAAGUUCGAUGAUGAGACAAAUGAGAUUUGGCAACGCUUCGUAUCCCUCUGGUCAACCGUCAUGGGCAGUUCGUCGGCGAUCCGACGUAACACAGGAUAGAGGCAAUUUGAACGAAUUUAAGAGAGUUUAAAGCACUCGCGACGCACUGUCACGCGAAACGGAUCAUCAUUGGGACGAUAGUGCACGGAUUCUAUGUGGUGAUUCUUCGAUCGAAGUGAAACGCGCCACGACGACGAAAAGCGACGCGAACGAGCGUGAGAAAACAGCGGCCACGUUUCUCUCUGGGACGAGAAACGGCAGAGAUAUACAACACACUCACAAGCGGACUCGUUCGACCAUCAUGCUAUCUGUCUCGUUCUCUCCUUCCUUUGACUGUUCCGUGAACAGAAGAAUUUGUUUUUUUUUUUCCUUUAAACAUUGACGUAUAGUUUAUUUUGUUGUACACUUCAUAUAGUUUAUUUGACUAUCUACUCUUCGUGAGAAUAACCCGUGAAAAAUAUACAUCAGUGACAUCGAUAUUACCAAGUGAAAUUUUCGACGACUUUCGAUCUGGUCGUUCGGACAAUUACGUGCAAUCGUGUGGAACGCUACGCGCCGACGGCUCGCCCAAUUUUCUAUUCUUUUAUUUUAAUUUACUUUGCUGUUGAAUUUUUGACGUCUUCUUUUUUGGCGUACGAUAAAAAAAUUUUAGAAAAAGAAAUUCGAGGAAAGAGUUAAAAAAGCUUGAAAAAGAAAGUAGUAUCGAAAAUGUUCAAUGUAUCGCGAGAGAGAAAAUAUCAUAUGCCUGUGACAGAAUCGAUUCAGCGAUAAAUAUCGAUACCGGCUGUGUACCGAGAAGCAGUAUCCGUGCUGAAGCCGCCAUUUUUUCCCCUUAUAUACGCUUUUUCCUAGAGAAACUGUUCAAUUGGAUAUUUAUUACUCGACGACUUUUUAGUUUGUGAUAGAAAACUAGUGCAAUCGACGGCUUGUGUUGAACUUGUGAAUUUCGUAUAAUUGCGCAUAUAUCGUGUGAGCGUCAGUGUAUAAGGUGUACGUGGAUGUGUUUAUUUUGAUACAGUGCUCUGUAAAUUGAUAGAAAAAAGCAGUUUUGACGAUGGUGAUUCUUAGAAAUGGAGUAAAUACUCGGCGUAUCUUCGUCAAAAUAUGAGGAGAGUAUCCUUCUGCGUCUCGAGGGAAUCGAUUUCGUGCAAAAAUGUAUCUCACGCGUGUAUUCUUGAUACUUUUGCUGGCUGCCAGUUCGAGAUGCAUGUGCACGAGCGGAUACACUGGCCAAAAUUGCGAGAACGAGUAUAUUCCCUGCAACCCAUCGCCGUGUAAAAAUGGCGGCACGUGUCACCAGACCGACGAUUUGGAUUACGAGUGCAUCUGUCCCGAGGGUUUCCGCGGAGAUCAUUGCGAGGAGAACAUCGACGACUGUCCAGGGAAUCUAUGCCAGAACGGGGCGACCUGCAUAGACAGGAUAAACGAAUACUCGUGUCUUUGUCCACCGUCGUACACGGGGACGCAGUGCGAGUUGGACGUGGACGAGUGCUCGGUUCGUCCAUCGUUGUGCCACAACGGUGCCACGUGCACCAAUUCACCCGGUAGUUACUCGUGCAUAUGCGUGAAUGGAUGGACAGGGCCCGACUGCAGCGUCAACAUCGACGAUUGCGCAGGUGCCGCCUGCUUCAAUGGCGCUACCUGCAUCGACCGUGUUGGCAGCUUUUAUUGUCAAUGCACCUACGGGAAGACCGGUUUGUUGUGCCAUCUGGACGACGCUUGCACCUCGAAUCCUUGCCACGAAGGCGCGAUCUGCGACACGAGCCCGGUGAACGGAUCGUUCGCUUGCUCCUGCGCCACCGGUUACAAGGGAGUCGACUGCUCGGAGGACAUCGACGAGUGCGAGCAGGGAUCACCUUGCGAGCACGACGGUAUUUGCGUGAACACGCCCGGCUCGUUCGCCUGCAACUGUACGCAAGGAUUCACGGGGCCGAGAUGCGAAACGAACGUGAACGAGUGCGAGUCCCAUCCCUGCCAGAACGAUGGCUCCUGCCUCGACGACCCUGGAACCUUCCGCUGCGUCUGCAUGCCUGGUUUCACGGGCACCCAGUGCGAGAUCGACAUUGAUGAAUGCGCGGAAAGACCGUGUUUAAAUGGGGGCGUUUGCACCGAUUUGAUCAACUCCUUCAAAUGCACCUGUGCGAACGGUUUCGCUGGUUCCCACUGUCAGAUCAAUAUAGACGACUGCGCCUCCUCGCCAUGCAAGAACGGCGGUAUCUGCCAGGACUCGAUAGCCAAGUACACGUGCGACUGUCCACCAGGAUUCACCGGAGCCUCCUGCGAGACGAACAUCAACGACUGCCAAUCGAAUCCCUGCCACAGUGGCACCUGCAUCGAUGGAGAGAACAGCUUCAGCUGCAAUUGCUUUCCAGGAUUCACCGGGAAGCUGUGCCAGACGCAGAUCGACGAGUGCGAGAGCAACCCUUGCCAGUUUGGAGGAAGGUGCGAAGACCGUAUUAACGGGUACCAAUGUAUUUGUAGACCUGGAACGUCUGGGACGAACUGCGAGGUGAACGUGAACGAAUGUUAUAGCAAUCCAUGUAGAAAUGGAGCAAGGUGCAUCGAUGGUAUCAAUAGAUAUUCGUGCGAGUGCGAGCCAGGUUUUACCGGCCAGCACUGCGAAACGGACAUCAACGAAUGCGCCAGCAAUCCUUGCGCUAAUGGCGGCCGUUGCAUAGAUUUGAUAAAUGGAUUCCGGUGCGAAUGUCCUCGUGGUUACUACGAUGCUAGAUGCUUGAGCGACGUGGACGAGUGUGCGAGCAAUCCUUGCGUGAACGGUGGCACCUGCGAGGAUGGUGUGAAUCAAUUUAUCUGUCACUGUUUGCCCGGUUACGGUGGGAAGAGAUGCGAGGCAGAUAUCGACGAGUGUGGCUCGAAUCCUUGUCAACAUGGCGGCACUUGCAACGAUCAUUUGAACGGAUACAGCUGCAAGUGUCUCGCUGGAUACGCUGGUACCAAUUGCGAGACAAACAUCGACGAUUGCGCGAACAAUCCUUGUCAGAAUGGUGGUUCCUGCAUCGACCUGGUCAAUGAUUACAAAUGUGUCUGCGAACUUCCUCAUACGGGAAGGAAUUGCGAGGAUAAGCUAGAUCCUUGUUCGCCUAACAAAUGUCUUCAUGGCGCCAAGUGUUCACCAUCCUCGAACUUUCUCGAUUUUGCCUGCACUUGCACGGUCGGUUAUACUGGCAGACUUUGCGAUGAGGACGUCGACGAGUGUGUAAUGACGUCUCCGUGCAGAAAUGGUGCUACUUGCAGAAACACAAAUGGCUCCUAUCAAUGCCUUUGCGCAAAAGGAUACGAAGGUCGGGAUUGUAUCAUUAACACCGAUGAUUGCGCUUCUUUUCCCUGUCAAAAUGGUGGCACUUGCUUGGACGGUAUUGGCGACUAUACCUGCCUCUGCGUGGACGGUUUCAGUGGGAAACAUUGCGAAAUCGACGUGGACGAAUGUUUAUCACAACCGUGUCAAAAUGGUGCUAUCUGUAAAGAAUACGUAAACUCGUAUACGUGCCAAUGUCAACUAGGAUUUUCCGGUAUAAAUUGUCAAACCAACGACGAGGAUUGUACCGACAGUAGCUGCAUGAAUGGUGGCAAAUGCAUAGACGGUAUCAACAAUUAUACUUGCGUUUGCAAACCUGGCUACACCGGUUCAAAUUGCCAAUAUCGUAUCAAUGAAUGCGACAGUUUGCCUUGCCUCAAUGGUGCUACUUGCCACGAUCAUGUUCAAUAUUAUACUUGUCACUGUCCUUACGGUUAUACUGGAGCUAGAUGCGAUCAAUAUGUCGACUGGUGUGCGGAUAAUCCUUGCGAAAAUGGAGCUACUUGUAUUCAAAAGAAAAACAAGUAUCAAUGUAAUUGUUCCCCUGGUUGGACCGGUAAAGUGUGCGAUGUCGAAAUGGUUUCUUGUAAAGAUGCGGCUAUAAGAAAGGGAGUACCCGAGAAAAAUCUUUGCAACAAUGGUACUUGCGAGGACAUAGGUAAUAGUCAUCGCUGUCACUGUCUAGAAGGAUACACAGGUUCUUAUUGUCAAGAAGAAGUAAACGAAUGCGAUUCUGCUCCUUGUCAAAAUGGAGCUACUUGCAAGGAUCUUAUUGGAUCUUAUCAAUGCCAGUGCACCAAAGGUUUCCAAGGACAGAAUUGCGAGCUCAACGUGGAUGAUUGCAAACCCAAUCCUUGCCAGAAUGGCGGUACGUGUCACGAUCUUAUCAGCAACUUUAGCUGCUCUUGCCCUCCUGGAACCUUAGGUUUCAUAUGCGAGCUCAACGUAGAUGAUUGUACUGUCGGCGCUUGUCAUAAUAAUGGAACGUGUACCGAUAAGGUUGGCGGAUUCGAAUGCAAAUGUCCUCCAGGCUUCGUAGGACCUAAAUGCGAAGGCGACAUCAACGAAUGUUUGUCCAAUCCUUGUGCCUCGCCAGGGACUCAAGAUUGCGUGCAAUUGAUCAACAAUUAUCAUUGCAAUUGCAAACCUGGCUACAUGGGACGACACUGCGAGGUAAAAGUGAAUUUCUGUGACAGCUCACCGUGUCAGAAUGGAGGUGUUUGUACUGCAAAACAAGCUGGACACACUUGCCUUUGUCCUAACGAUUAUUAUGGAAACAACUGCGAAUUCGCAGGUUCUUAUUGCGAUAGAGAACCUUGCUUGAAUGGCGGCACUUGCAGAGUGGCUGAAACAGAGGUUGGAUAUAGAUGUUAUUGCCCUCUUGGAACAACGGGAACACAUUGCGAAAUAGAUGCCAGAGAUGAAUGUGCUAGUAAUCCAUGCCAACAAUCUAAUGCAGUUUGCAAAAAUCUUCUUGGCGAUUAUGCUUGUGAUUGCCCACCAAAAUGGACCGGUAAAAACUGCGAAAUUUAUGAUCCUACUUACAGAGGAGGUAUUUUUGGCAGUUCCAACUCGAAUAUCCAAAAAACUAUGAAUGCGUACGAUCUUGAUUUAGAAUUAGAGAGAAAGAAGUGCAUUGAGAACAGAUGCGAAGAAAAAUCUGGCAAUCAUCAUUGCGACGAAGAAUGUAACAGAUAUGCUUGCAAUUUUGAUGGAAACGAUUGUUCAUUGGGUAUCAAUCCAUGGCGUAAUUGCACUGCUCCUAUUAAUUGUUGGGACGUUUUCAUGAACGAUAUCUGCGACGAGGUUUGCAAUAAUCCUCAGUGUCUAUUCGAUGGAAGAGAUUGUGAAGGGAAAUUGGCACCAUGCAACCCUAUUUAUGACGCCUAUUGUCGCAAACAUUACGCCGACGGAUUCUGCAAUUACGGUUGCGACAACGAAGAAUGUAAUUGGGAUGGUCUCGAUUGUGACACGAAACCACCAUCAUUGGCAGAAGGUGUGAUUUCAGUGGUAGUAAGGAUGGACAUGUUAACAUUCCGCUCGAACGUGGUCGCUUUCCUAAGAGACAUUGGUCACGAAUUAAGAACAACGUUAAGGGUAAAGCAAGAUGAACUUGGCAACGACAUGAUAUAUCCAUGGAGGAGGGAACGAGAUCCAGGAUUACAGACUAGUAUUUUUGGUCGGCCGACCACGAUCUAUACCAACACUCAAAGCGGUGUAAUAGCCUAUUUGGAGAUCGACAAUAGAAAAUGUACCGUCACUCAAGGAGCGGUAUGUUUCCCAUCAGCAAACGAGGCAGCGGAAUAUUUGGCAGCUACAGCAUCCAAACAUUCUUUAUCUCGAAACUUCCCGAUCGAGCAAGUUCGAGGUGUGGUCGGGCCACAGGGUCCCGAAUAUCCGGACACUCCAACGAACUACAAAUACGUCUUCAUCGGUGUCGUCAUCGUGGUACUUGGAGGGAUGUUGGUCGGUGUUUUGGUCACAGCGCAAAGGAAACGAGCAGUGGGUGUCACCUGGUUCCCAGAAGGAUUCUUGCGUACGAGCAGCGGGAGUGGGCAACGUCGAAGAUCGAGAAGACGAGGUCCGGAUGGGCAAGAAAUGAGGAACUUGAACAAGCAGCCUUCGGUGAACUGCAUGGAUCUCGAUGUUGGAAAUGGAAGAGCUCAACAAUGGUCGGACGACGAGUCAGACUUACCACCUUCGAAAAGAAUGAGAGCUAUAGAGCCUGGAUACGCUAGCGACCACACUGCCAUUACCGAUUACGAGGAAACGGAGCCUCGAAUGUGGACUCAACAACAUUUAGACGCGGCAGAGAUUCGUAGGCCGGAUGCUGGAGUUUUAACACCGCCUAGUCUCGAGCAUGGCCAAGACGUGGACGCGAGGGGACCCUGUGGGAUGACGCCGUUGAUGGUAGCAGCUGUACGAGGUGGAGGAUUGGACACUGGAGAGGAGGAGGACGAAAGUGACGGUACAGCCGCUGUGAUCGCUGAUCUAGUUGCUCAGGGAGCAGAUUUGAACGCCACCACGGAUAAGAGCGGCGAGACUUCGCUUCAUCUGGCGGCAAGGUAUGCCAGAGCUGACGCAGCCAAGAGAUUGCUGGACGCUGGAGCAGAUGCCAACUCUCAAGACAAUACCGGCCGAACUCCUCUUCACUCUGCCGUCGCUGCUGACGCGAUGGGAGUCUUCCAAAUACUAUUGAGGAACAGAGCUACGAAUCUGAACGCGCGUAUGCACGAUGGAACAACUCCGCUGAUUUUGGCUGCUCGUCUGGCUACCGAGGGAAUGGUGGAAGACCUAAUUAAUGCAGACGCUGAUAUCAACGCAGCCGACAACAGCGGUAAAACGGCCCUUCACUGGGCUGCAGCUGUUAACAAUGUCGAUGCUGUGAACAUACUUUUGGUUCACGGCGCAAAUAGAGAUGCCCAGGAUGAUAAGGACGAAACGCCAUUGUUCCUCGCCGCCAGAGAAGGCAGUUUCGAAGCGUGUAAAGCGUUGCUCGACACAUUCGCCAAUAGGGAGAUCACCGAUCACAUGGAUCGAUUACCGAGAGAUGUUGCCAGUGAGAGAUUACAUCACGACAUUGUGAGAUUGUUGGACGAGCACGUGCCUAGAUCACCGCAGAUGGUGAAUGUGAUACCAAAUGGUCCUCUUAUGGGAUCUCCAAAUCAUCCACAACUCAUCACGCAUCCCACGGUGAUCGGUUCCGCUCCGAAGCAAGCAAAGUCGAAGAAGCGGCCAAAAGCGGGAUCCACGGGGAAUCCAAACAGUCCCGAGUCAGAGGGCGGAGUGGUGGUGGUAAGGCGAAAACCUUCUGUAAAAAAGCCACCGGCGAAACGCGGAGCCCAGCCCCCAAACCAGGAGAUUCCUCAGGGAGCGGAGGGCGCGGAGGGAAACUUGCCAAGCCCGUACGACAGCGCAAGCUUAUACAGCAAUGCGAUUCCGUUGGUGGGCCACACGGCAACGGCGAAGCAACCGCCACCUUAUGAGGAUUGCAUAAAGGGCCAAUCCAUGCAAGGCCUUCAACAGUUAGGCCUAGACACGUUCACAACGAAUUAUGGUUUGCCUAAUUUUCACGACCAAUUGUUAGCGUCUCAUCAACGGCAAGCGCAAGGAAUGGUGAACACGUUGUCGCCGCCCUACAGUAAUCAGUCACCGCCACACUCGGUGCAAUCGAACAUGACCCUGUCGCCACAGGCGAGCUACAUGGGAUCGCCGUCUCCUGCGAAAAGUAGGCCGUCGUUGCCCACUUCACCCACUCACAUCGCCGCUAUGAGACAGGCGACGCAUCAAAAGCACGGCGGCAUGCCACCAGUGGGAUUCGAUUUUGAGAAUCUCCCCUACUCGUCGAGCCAGCAACAGCAGCAGCAACAGCAGCAACAGCAACAGCAACAAAUGCAACAAACGCAACAGCAAAUCCAGCAGCAGCAGCAGCAGCAGCAACAACAGCAGCAGCAACAGAGCACGCAACAGCAGCAGCAGGCGCAACAACAGCAAGCGCAACAACAGACGCAGCAAUACUAUCAGUAUUUGACGCCGCCCUCUCAUCAUUCCGGACCGGAUGUGACGCCGCAGCAUUUGAUGCAAGCGCCAGAAAGCUUCCCGACGCCGUCCCCGGACAGUCCAGGUCACUGGUCGUCCAGUUCGCCGCACUCGAACAGCGACUGGUCCGAGUGUAUGGCGUCGCCAAACGCGUACGGUGCUGGAGCCGCCCACCAAAGUAACAAGGGCUCCGAAGCGAUCUAUAUAUGAAGGCGGAGGUGCUCUCUAGCUCGCGCGAGUAAGUCGUAAAUCGAGUAUGCACGUGUAUGAACUGUGAUUGGCUCGUCGAGUUCGAGGGCUAUCCUCGCCGAUAUUUUGUUACAAGUGGUAUCUCCGUCGGAGAUCCAUGCGACGAACGCUCUCUCGUAAGGUCGACAGCGUGUAACGAGAUUGUGGAUCGUUUUACGCCUUGGAACAGGGGGCGUGAGCGAAUGAAUACUAUUCUAUUAUUACAGUUCUAUAUAUAUAUAUAAAUAUUUAUGAAUAUAAAUAUAGAUGAAUAAUUAUAUAUAUAUAUGUAUGCAAAGGUAUAUUUUUGGAUCGAGAACAUAUACACACACCGUUUAUAUAGGUCGUUCAACGAUAUUGUGCCUUUUCUCGAAGAACUAUAAAGAUCGUUUUAGAAGCAACUAUACGUGAUCGAGAUAUUAUAUAAUAAAAAACGAUGUACCCUGCACUCAGCUCGUGCAUCAUAGCUCAACGAACAAUGGUGCCUUCGACUUGCCACAGUGUGAAGACCCGAUAGACAGUUUUCUUCUUUUUUUAAAUAAUUAUAAGGAACGAUACCUUGCUAUCUACAAUAGUAUUGUACAUAGGACAAUAUGGAAAACGGAGAAUCGUCCAUGCUGUCACGAGUGUGUUCGAUACAGGGACCAUUAUAUAGAGUGUAAUGUGUAAUAUUCUAUUUAAAUAUGUGUAACGCACAAUAUUUUCUAUGAACCGAAAGAGAAAAGAUAUAUGCGGAUCGAUGUAUGUCCAUAAGCUGCGAUAGUCUCGUGAGGCACCUGUAACAUGCGACACAUUGUUUAGAGAAGUAAAAAAAUGAAAUCCAUAGAAAGAAGAGAUUGGUCCGCGUUGGACAGAAAGUCGUGAAUCGUGCCUUCGAAAUAGCAGUAGGGAAUUUUUGCGUAGAUAAAUCUAUUAAAUUAUAUAUCUUGAAACGCAGCGUUUCCAAAUGGCCUUUAACACCGAUCUUAUUACCGAUUAGUACGAGGCAUACUAUUAAACGUAAGAUACAAAGGCAACGUAAUUUUUCUCACGGUCGACGGGAGCCUCAGAGAAAUCGUCUUCAACCCGUGAACGGGAUCGUUCCAUACGCAGACAUUCCAUUCGAACGAUGUUAUUUUCUGUAUUAUUCUUUUUUUUUUUAAAUUACGUUAUACUCUCUUCCUAUCGAUUUCACGAGGAUUAUCCGCGGAUU